AUGUUUCUAAGGCUACUCACAUCUGCACUCCUCUUCUCUACCAUCAGCAAUGCACAGUUCACUCCAGUUGGACUCGGCACUGCUGGGAACUUUCUUGUUCUUGCUGCCACAACAGUAACCAACACAAACACCGACACCAUUGUUGAUGGCGGCGAUCUUGGGGUCUCUCCAGGAAAUGCUGUCACGAACUUCCCCCCGGGUGAGGUCAUUGGGGGAACAAUCCACGCUGGUGAUGCCGUCGCAGCACAGGCACAGUUAGAUCUGGCAACGGCAUAUGGUGAUGCAGCUGGCCAGGCACCUACAGCGACUCUUCAAAAUCCAGAGCUUGGUGGUCUCACCCUUUUUGCUGGUACAUAUAAGGCUGGGUCCACGACUACAUUUGGCAUUACUGGCACUCUCACGCUUGACGGCCAAGGAGACCCGGAUUCUGUUUGGAUCUUUCAAAUGGGAACCACUCUCAUCACUGCAAGCUCCUCCCGAGUUGUGCUGACCAAUGGUGCCCAAGCUUGCAAUGUCUUCUGGCAAGUGGGAAGCUCCGCAACCCUGGGGACGGGAAGCACUUUCGUUGGGACCAUCAUGGCACUCACAUCUAUCACGGCGACUACAAAUGUGGCUAUUCAAGGACGUCUUCUUGCUCUUAAUGCGGCGGUGACUCUAGACGACAACAAAAUCACUGUUCCGGGUUGUUCCACUACAUCAACCACUACGACAUCAACCACUACGACAUCAACCACUACGACCUCAACCACUACGACCACGCAGCCAAUUAUUACACUGCCUGUAAUAGGUCCCAUAGGGCCCAUUGUUAUACCCAUUUUACCCGGCGGCAUCGGCAACGAUCAAGGCAGCGGCGGCAACGGCAACGGCCAUGGUAGCGGCGGCAAUGGCAACGGCAAUGGCAAUGGCAAUGACAAUGACAAUGACAAUGGUAAUGGUAAUGGUAAUGGCAACGGCAUACCCGGUGAUAUCGUUGGCAGCAUUCUUGGCGACAAAGACAACGAAAUAUGGAAUGGCAACGGCGGCCCGUCCCCCGCAGGGGGGAUACCAUACUCUGUCAACCAGCACAGCCACCACCACGACCAAGGCCACGGUCACUAUGGACCAUAUGAUGACCACUACGGUGGCUCUAACGGCGACCACUACGGCGGCUCAAACAACGACAACUACGGCGACCACUACGGCGGCUCAAACAACGACAACUACGGCGACUGGUCCACAGGAUCCACAACCAAGCCAUGGGAACCAUCCAUGACUGAGUCUGCCCCUUUCCAACCCGAGACAUAUAACCCCUCGUGGUCUACUGAACCUAUCAGGGGCCGUUGA